AAAGGGUUUGAAUUUUAAGUAGACGUAUUUCUCUCGGUAAAGCGAAAAUAAUUUAAUGGACUACUUUCUGAUUUUUAUCUAUUUAUUACUUUUUCCCUACCUGUAAAUGAACUUCUACUUCCUACAUUUCAAUAUUUUUCUUAUCGAUACGCGGCUACAAAUUGAUGAGAGGAUAAGAUAGUUGUUAUCAUGGAGACCAGAUAACUCAUUCCGACCGGAGAUUGAUAAUGGGAAAUAGUCGUGGUUUGCGUUUCCCUUUGAAAUGUCAGAGCGUCAUAUUCUUCAGGAUGAGACUCCAGCAGCUUCGGUAUACGAAGUUAUUGAACUUCCACCUCCGGUCUUCACUGGAUCCCAGAUGACGAGGACUCAACCUGAAAAUUCAAAUAGAAAUGGAAUGAGAAAUCAGAGGCGACCUAUACCAAUCAGCACUCAGGACUGGAUAUCAACUACGAGGUCACAGUUCAGUCCCAUUUCCGCUGAAUAUUUCCUGACAAACGUCGAACAGGUGGAAAUACAGCCGAUAGUGGACAUCAACACACUCCUGGGGCAUUCGGGAAAAAAAUUCCGGGUGAAAAUGCGAGGUGCAGAGACUCUCUUUUUGGCCACUGAGAAUUCCUCGAAGUACCAGAGGAACGUCUUGGGAACUUCCAGGAGUUUUGUGAUGGAUGUGAGAGAUCCGUCUGGGGAACCUGCAUUUAUCCUAACGAAAGGGCUCACUUGGGGGUGUGUUCCCGGAUUUCUGCAUAGUAUGACUGUGGAAACGACUGAAUACAUUGGAUGCAUCCAGCAGAAUUUCACUCUCUUUGGUCCACGCUUCACAGUUUAUGAUGCCUCGAGUGAAGCCAUGUGCAUCAUAGAUGGUCCCAACAUGUGCUGCUGUUGCAUGAGCAAUGAAGUUUAUUUCCAAGUUUUGUCCACAGACAUGAGCCGACAAAUUGCUUCAAUAAGUCAUCAAUAUGAUCACCUGCUCGUCGAUCACAUUCUGCUCCUGACGUUUCCUAAUGAUGCUAAUGUGAGACUCAAGAGUCUCCUGAUGGCUGCCACUUUUUUCAUGGGCGCACUCUAUUUCGACCGUUUGUCCAAUUCUCCUGCAUCUAGACCUGUUAAUUAACCACGGAUCCACUGAUAUUAACUGGAUUUUGCUGCAACAAUUUAUUACGAAAGUAUUGAGGAAAACCCUCUGAAAAAAAAACGCUUAAAAUAUUUCUCAUUCAUUAAUGAAAACGUAAUUAAUUAGUGAACAGAUAUUGAGAAUGACUUUGUAUAGAAUUUAAUAAACCAAUAAUUUUUGAUUAAUCGAUACUUGGACAGAUGUCUUGGAGGAAAAAUUACUACUUUGAAAUUAUGUUUUUUUCUUUAAAUAUUCAAUUUACACGCAGUGAAUGUGGAGCGAGUU